CCCGCACUAUUUGAGACUCUUUCUUUUGUCCACUCUGUCAACAAUUCCAAUUUGGCUUUUCUUGCUUCCUAAACUUACUGUCUACAAUUCCUCAUCGCCCAUUGACCAAAUCAUCCAAGUUUGUAGCACUCGUUUGCUUUGGCAAUCGCAUCUACACAAUGCCCGCAGCCGAGGGAGGACCAAGAACUCUCUACGAUAAGGUUUUUCAAGACCACAUCGUAGAUGAGAGACUUGACGGCACAAUAUUGCUCUACAUCGGUAAGCAAACCUUUGCCUGUAUAAGAAUCAAUUGCAAGUUCUAAUAUCCCUCUAGACAGACACUUGGUCCAUGAAGUUACCUCACCAGUAAGUCAACGCCAUACCGAAAUCCGGUCGGAGGAAAUCACCUGCUGAUACCACACAGCAAGCUUUUGAGGGGUUAAAGAACGCUGGGAGACAGGUCAGAAGACCAGAUUGUACUCUUGCAACAACCGAUCAUGUAUGUACCAUGGCAAUGCCUCCAUCUGCAAAACACAUGUACUCACUGACUUGACAUACAGAAUGUACCAACUUCCUCCCGAAAGUCCUUCAAGAACAUCGAAUCGUUCGUCGACGUCGAAGAUUCCCGAUUACAAUGUAUGACCCUCGAGGAUAAUGUAAAGGACUUUGGUAUCACAUACUUUGGCCUUGGAGAUAAGCGUCAAGGUAUCGUCCAUAUCAUUGGUCCUGAGCAAGGGUUCACUCUUCCUGGAACGACCGUGGUUUGUGGUGACAGUCAUACUUCUACACACGGUGCAUUCGGAGCAUUGGCUUUUGGAAUUGGUACCAGUGAGGUGGAACAUGUUCUCGCUACUCAGACUUUGAUCACAAAGCGCAGUAAGAACAUGCGGAUCAAGGUCGAUGGAGAACUUGCCCCUGGUGUUAGCUCCAAAGACAUCAUUCUCCAUGCUAUUGGCGAGAUUGGUACCGCUGGUGGAACUGGUGCCGUCAUCGAAUUCUGCGGCUCGGCUAUUGAGGCACUCAGCAUGGAGGCUCGAAUGUCCAUCUGCAAUAUGUCAAUCGAGGGAGGAGCAAGAGCCGGCAUGAUUGCCCCUGAUGAAAUCACAUUUGAGUAUCUCAAGGGUAGACCUCUAGCACCCGAUUUUGGUUCAGAGGAGUGGAAUAAGGCUGUUGCCUACUGGAAAAGCCUCAAGACGGAUGAAAGUGCCAAAUUCGAUAUUGAUGUCUUCAUAGGUGCCAAAGAUGUCGCUCCUUCAGUGACGUGGGGAACCAGUCCUGAAGAUGUCGUGCCCAUCAGUGGUGCCGUUCCGGACCCAGAGACCUUUACAACCAAGGAGAAGAAGGAGGCUGGCCGGCGCAUGCUCGAGUACAUGGGCCUCACGGCCGGUACUCCAAUCGAGGAUAUCGUCAUUGACAAAGUCUUUAUCGGCUCAUGCACCAACGCCCGAAUUGAGGAUCUCCGAGCAGCGGCGGGAAUUGUUAAGGGACGAAAGAUUGCAGCCAACGUCAAGCGUGCCAUGAUUGUUCCAGGCUCAGGUCUGGUGAAGGACCGCGCCGAAGCCGAAGGUUUGGACAAGAUAUUCACCGACGCUGGUUUCGAAUGGCGUGAAGCUGGUUGCAGUAUGUGUCUCGGUAUGAACCCCGAUAUUUUGGCACCACAAGAGCGAUGUGCAAGUACCAGCAACCGAAACUUCGAAGGCCGGCAAGGAGCGGGUGGCCGAACACAUUUGGUUUCCCCUGUCACCGCUGCAGCCUGUGCAAUUGUUGGAAAGCUUGCCGAUGUCCGCAAGCUUGCAUCUGCAAACCCCACACCUCGUGCUGCCUCACCAAAGCCAGUUGAAAUUAAGGCCCACGUCGAUGAGAGAGCCUUGACUGAUGAUGACGAGAGAGAAAUGAUUGCCGACCAACCUGAGGACAAUGGCAUCCCCCAUACCAACACUGCAGCGUCUCAAACUCCUACGGGACUUCCAAAGUUCACUGUGGUCAAAGGUCUCGCCGCUCCUCUUGAGCGUGCCAAUGUCGAUACCGAUGCCAUCAUCCCUAAGCAAUUCUUAAAGACCAUCAAGCGUACUGGCCUCGGCUCGGCUCUCUUUUACGGUCUACGAUAUAAUGAAGACGGCAGUGAAAAGGCCGACUUUGUCCUCAACCAAGAGCCAUAUCGAAAUUCAAAGAUCCUCGUUGUCACGGGUCCAAACUUUGGAUGUGGCUCUUCCAGAGAGCACGCUCCUUGGGCUCUUUUGGACUUCGGAAUCACGUGCGUCAUUGCACCUUCAUACGCCGAUAUCUUCUUCAAUAACACCUUCAAAAACGGCAUGCUUCCUAUCAUCAUCAGCAACAAGGACGACCUUGAAGCUAUUGCUGUUGAGGCUCGGGCAGGCAAGGAAAUCGAGGUUGACCUUCCUAACCAGUCCAUUAACGAUAGCACCGGCAAGAAGAUCUGCUCUUUCGAAGUAGAGGAGUUCCGAAAGCACUGUCUCGUCAAUGGCCUCGAUGAUAUCGGGUUGACAAUGCAGAUGGAGGAUAAGAUCCAGUCUUUCGAGAAGAAGAUGACCACCAACACCCCAUGGUUGGAUGGCCGUUCUUACCUCAAGCGUGGAAAGAACGGAAAGCUUUCGGUCAAAGCUGUUCCCAUUCCAAAAACCAACCGUGGCGAGGUGAUCAAAGAGCCACUUGAUUGGUAGAUUGACCAAGCUGCAUCUUGUACAUACACUCUUUCCUUCAAGGGCUCGUUGUUUUUCGAUUCUGAACCAUUUAGCAUCAUAGAUUGGUGGGAUUUGACUUUUUCUGCUGGGUGUUGCUUUUUGGAUGGGGGUGGCGUUUGCUUUACAGGCGUACGCAUGGUCUUUGAAAAUAAUGAGGUUUUACGAAUGGUGUGUAACAUGAUGGAUGGAGCAAAUCAAAUACUUCAAGGCGUAGAAAAAGCCUAUGAGGAAAUACGUAGUUUUUUAAUUCUAACAAUUUCUGAUCGAUU